AUGGGAAAGAAACGUGUGGUUCUAGGUUUAGCAAUAUGCCUCGUCCUCGCAAACUUCUAUGAGGUUACUUGCCAGGCUGACGGAAACGACGAUCCUAAUCCGAAGCUCGACGAUACAGACAAUCCAGUUCGUGUUGGAGCAAAUGUCUGGUUAAGGAGGGAGUAG